AUGAAGCGGCUCGAUCUUUCGCAGCAAUCGACUUGGCGGCGUUUUGCCCGCACCGCCAAGUGCUUCAUCGGCACCCCCGUUGAGGAAGAUAUUUUCCGCGUUACGGUAACGCGAGGUUCAUGCGUAUUCCUCAACGGUGGAACUAUAUUUGGUGGUGAACAAGGUAUUCUUUGCCGCUUCGCGCUUAUCUCAGAGUUGCUGACGCACCACAGAACUGAACGUCUUACCGAAGCACCUCUCGAUCCUUCAAAACUCUAG